CGAUGUCAUUCGUGUGCGACGAAUGUUGCGGAGCAUAAUCCAAGCGGCAGUAUUUGACGUCGUCCAGAGACACGUCAGCCAGACGGAAGUGCAACCAGGCUGCAGCUGUAUCAGUAAAAUUGGGACCUGAGUCGUAUCGAAAUGGGUGGUUUCUUCUCUAGUCUCUUCUCUGGCCUGUUUGGCACCAGGGAGAUGAGGAUUUUGAUCCUGGGUUUGGACGGUGCAGGAAAAACCACCAUUCUGUACAGGCUCCAAGUGGGAGAGGUGGUCACCACAAUCCCCACCAUCGGCUUCAACGUGGAGACAGUCACGUACAAGAACCUGAAGUUCCAGGUGUGGGAUCUGGGAGGACAGACGAGCAUCAGGCCCUACUGGCGGUGUUACUACUCAAACACAGAUGCAGUCAUCUACGUCGUCGACAGCAGUGACCGUGACAGGAUGGGCAUCUCAAAGUCUGAGCUGGUGGCCAUGUUGGAGGAAGAAGAGCUGAAGAAGGCGAUCCUCGUGGUGUUUGCGAACAAACAGGACAUGGACCAGGCAAUGACGCCAACCGAGGUGGCCAACGCUCUGGGCCUUCCUGCCCUCAAAGACAGAAAGUGGCAGAUCUUCAAGACCUCAGCCACCAAAGGCACAGGCCUGGACGAGGCUAUGGAGUGGUUGGUGGAUUCCCUGAAGAGUCGGCAGUAAAGGACGCCGCCUGCUCUGUAUAUACCCCCUCCAACGUUUCACCCUCCUGUAUGAAGGCUCGUGACUGACCCCUCCCUCUUUUUUUUUCUUUGGACCAGUGAUUGCACUCCUACCCUCCUCUGUCCUCUCCCCCCCAACAUCACCUCCAACUGAAGCCUUGGCUAUGUCCUCCCCCAAUGCCUUUUUUUUUAAGCCUGGGACUGAGAAGCAAAGGCUGCAGUAACAUCUGGACUGGACACAAACACAUGAAUUUUUUGUGAGACUGCGGCGAAGGACGAGCAACAGUUUGAGUGAGGUACAGUUUGUUAGGUCGUGGAAAAGCACCCAAGCGUCAGCUGACACCACCCGUGAACAUAAAUGCUGCUUACCAACAGUUAAUAUCGUAGAUUAAGAAGGAUCAUUAAGGUUUGGUAGCAUUUAUGCAACCAGAUUCUUUGUUAGCUUCAGCUCAUUAUUCUCCCAGACUGAACGCCAGACGAUGACGAGCAUUUGAAGGGCACUAAUGUCUGAAAAAAAAAAAAGUGCCAUGAAGAUCCACCAGGAGGCAGCGUUUCUCUAUAAAAGACACUGAAAUUUGUCAGCAUGAAUCUCAGUCCUGUGUGCCUCCUGAUCAACAGACAACGCUACAGUGGUUGCUACUGUACACUACUGAACUGUCCGAAAACAUGGAAUCUCUGUGCAGCGCUGCAAAUAUCUCGACUUGUACGACAUGUUCUAAUAACAUGGCUUUAAACUGAAUCUAUUUGCCCCUUAGCCAAAUGUUACUGCAGCCUGGGCUCUUUUUUGUAUUAUAUAGUCUGGCAGAUGCAAUGUCAUGGAUUUCUAUUUUUCUCCUUCCUGGUGAUUUAUGUUGUGUUUAAUAAUUUAGUGGUUAAAGCUUUUUUUUCCAUUGAAAUCCUCUGAGCUUUGGCAUAUCGGUCAUUUAGUUACUGAACACUAACUGUGUGCUCAAAGUUUUCUGGUUGCAUAUUUAUAUCUGAUAUCUGCUUGUACAGUGAAGCUGGUUCUCAGUAAAGAUCAGUGAUUGUA